CUCGAACAUUCUGAGUUACAGCUGACUGGCGUCUUCGCUCUCCUUGUCCGCAGACCGCUGCUUGGACCGGUAGCGAGUGCACGUGCUAAAGUGUAGCGACGCCGCUUACGGAGCCCGAAUUUUCGCCAUCGCUGCCGCAAGCAUGGACUCCUCCAAGAACAACAACGCGACGGCUGCAAGCAAUGAAAACUCCAACGAUAGUGUGCCGCACCAGGAGAAGCUGCUGUACGGAAACUACCUGAAGCUAGACAAGCUCCUCGACUGUCAGAAGUUGGUCACGGAGCAGCACUGCGAGGAGCGCGUACACGACGAGCACCUCUUCAUCAUCACGCAUCAAGCUUACGAACUAUGGUUCAAACAAAUCAUCUUCGAGCUGGACUCUAUAAAGCCGCUGCUUGAUUCGCAGGACAUGAACGAAUCUAACAUGUUCCAAAUCACGUCUCGGAUGAACCGCGUCGUGCUCAUUCUCAAGCUGCUGCAAGAACAAGUCGAGAUCCUGGAAACCAUGACUCCCCUUGACUUCAUGGAAUUCAGAGGUUACCUGGCGCCAGCAUCAGGGUUCCAAAGUCUCCAGUUUCGCCUUAUCGAAAACAAGCUGGGAGUGAAGAACGAGCUGCGAGUGAACUACGGCAAGCAGCACUACCAGAAGGUGUUCGAGGACCCCUCCGCCAUCCACAAGAUUCAGGAGUCCGAGAAGGAGCUCACGUUACUACAGCUCGUAGAGCGGUGGUUGGAACGGACGCCCGGGCUGGAACCUCACGGCUUCAACUUCUGGGAGAAGUAUCAGAACGUCGUGAAACGCAUGCUUGACCAGAUGGAAGAGGAUGCCAAGGCCGACAACAAUGACGCCGUCCUAAGCAGUGUGGCCAAGAAACGGGAGACCUUUGACACCCUUUUCGACGUUAACAAACACAACGCCCUCCUUUCUCGAGGUGAGCGUCGUCUGAGUCACCAAGCCAUGAAGGGCGCCAUGAUGAUCUUUCUGUACCGCGACCAGCCACGCUUCCACCAGCCCUACUACCUGCUCACCCUCCUUAUGGACGUCGACUCGCUCCUGACAAAGUGGCGCUACAACCACGUGCAGAUGGUUCAGCGAAUGAUCGGAUCGCAACAAUUCGGGACGGGUGGCUCCUCCGGCUACCAGUAUCUCCGAUCUACGCUCAGCGACCGCUACAAGGUGUUCCUGGACCUGUUCAACAUGUCCACGUUCCUGAUUCCGCGCUCGUGCAUUCCAAAGCUGACCAGCGCCAUGAGCCGCAAGCUGAGCAUGCAGCACGAGGAGCAGCAGGUGGACGGCAACGCCAGCGUCACCAUCAACGACCCGCACUUCCCCGAGAAGUUCCUCUAGGCGCAGGUGUAUAUGCGCGGGAUAGUUAGAUAUGCACUCAUGCGAGGAAUCAGAGAAGGAAACAGGUUAUGCGACUGUGUUUGUCGUCUUCCGCAUUCACUUGUCACGCGCCCUCCCAUCGCUGUUCGUUGAGCCCCAUUCGUUCGUCAGAGUCCGUUCCAGUUAGUAGAGGCCUGCAGUUGUGCUUGGCAGGGUCACAAAAGGUUUAAGUGAGUGGUCUGUGUGGCAGAUCCUGAUGCUCUGACGGCGGACUCAUCAUCGAUGCUCAAAUGGACCUCAAAUAGUUUAAAGGUACAAAUAAAGUAGUGUUCAGCUGGCUACUGACGUCGUC